AUGGAUUCACCACCGCUGUUAUGCAAGAACACGCUGAUUGAACUCGGAAUGCUUAAGAUAGAACCGCAAGGAACCCUGAAAGAGACAAAUAAACUUAGAAUACACUCCGUGAAAGCAACAGGUGAUGUGGAAGCAAUCCUUGACGAAUAUAAAGAAGUUUUUGAAGGAAUUGGAUGCAUUCAAGACAAGAACACAGGAGAAGAAAUCGAAGUCAAAUUAGAAAUCGACCCAGAAGCGAUACCGGUAGCACAGAAACCCAGACAUGUGGCAUACCACCUGCAACAACCUUUGAAAGAAUAG